UACUAACAGCCGACGUCAGCGAGCUGGGUUUGUGAGCCGAGGCGAGGAUCCAUCGGCUCCGGGGACGGCAGCCCGAUGGCGAUGGCAGCUGGCUUCGUCGCUCGUCUUCCCAAAGUUUUCUUCUGGGAAAACUUUCCCAAAGCUCUCAUCGCAUCGAAGAGUCAUCAGUGGCCACGACAUGUUUAUGUAUUGACGGGUUUGAGAUCACUGACCCGAUAUGAUGAAACAACUGUAAAUAUUGACUGGCAGAAAAAACUAACUCCUGAGCAAUAUUAUGUAACUCGAGAAAAGGGAACAGAACUGCCUUUCAGUGGAAUCUAUCUGAAUAAUACUGAGCAAGGCAUGUAUCACUGUGUAUGCUGCAAUGCUGCACUGUUCAGCUCCGAAACUAAGUAUGAUUCUGGCACCGGUUGGCCUUCUUUCUGGCAAAUUUAUAGUACAGUGGACAGUGAUGAAACCAAUACCAACGUCCUCCGCCGAACAGAUAACUCUAUGGGAUCAACUGGAACAGAGGUUAUUUGUAAAAAGUGUGAUGCACACCUGGGUCACGUGUUUGAUGAUGGACCAGAGCCUACAGGACAUCGAUUUUGCAUCAACAGCAUUGCAUUAACUUUCAAACCCAAGACAACAGAAUAAUUUGUAACAAAACAUUGUGCAGUAAUUUGUUUUGUAAUAACUGGUUUAACCUAGACUGAUGGCCAAACAGUUUCAAUUCCAUAAAUUAAUGCCACUAAUUGCUUCCCUAGUGGCUUCUUCUGAAUGGUACAAACUUUAAAAUAUUUAUUGUGCAUUAACAGACGAAACAAAUUGUAUACAUUGGUGUUUGUGUCAAGGUAUUAGAAACUGUUUGUCAUUGUUUGUCAGUAUUUACAGUGUACAAUCCACUAGCCAUAUAAUUUUGGAAGAAAGUAAUGGUAAAUUAAUAUCAGUGAUUUUAUUUUAUGCAAAUAAUGUUUAAAAUUUCAUAAAAAUGUUACAUUAUCAGAUAUAGAAAAUGUUAGUGAUACACUGAUAUAAAAUGAUAGGCUAAUGUUUUGAGUAGAGAUUCUUCAUCAGAAUCCAAUUCUACCUAUAAUAUUGUAUUCUUGCUACUUUCGGAAUUGCCUAAAAUGAUAGGCCUUUCUUGAAUUUGCAGUUUUCCUCUUUAUCUUUGCAGCAUUAAACUUCUGGCCUCCCAGCCUAGAGUAACCCACAUUUAAGAAGUGACGUAGAUGGUGUUUUCAUUGCAAUAACAACAUUUUCUAAGACGUAUUCAAAACUAAAGAUUACGUUUCAAUUAUUCAAAUGCCUUCAUGCAACUAGAUUUCCUAGCUAUCAAGAGGAUCCACUGUUCUUCAAACUGCAACCCUCAAUUUACUAGAGAUAAUUGUGUGACUUAUAGUGUGAAUAAAUGUAUUUUGUAAUUUUGAAAA